AUGGCCGCCGCUGCAAGCAACUUGCCAACUCGGAGUGUCUCCAAUGUGCAUUCUGUCACAGUGGAUGUGAAGCAGCAGGGCGAAGGCUGCAGUCCUCAUCAGGAUUGGAAGAACAUUUCUGGGGGGGGGGAAUAUACCUUUCACUUAAAGACUUUUGCACCCAAACAUCCCGCGUGAGUGCAGAGAUCAUCGCAUCCAACUUUUUUUUGUUUUCUUGCUGGUAAAGGUGUCAAGAAAAGCUGCUUGAAUGUAUAGCAUGAUGAUGGAGACCGACCUCCACUCCCCCGGGCCCCAAACCAACACGGCCGGGGGGCCAACGGGGCCCAACGUGGGCUCCAAAGCGAACCAGGAGCGGGUGAAGAGACCCAUGAACGCCUUCAUGGUGUGGUCCCGCGGCCAGCGCAGGAAGAUGGCGCAGGAGAACCCCAAAAUGCACAACUCUGAGAUCAGCAAGCGGCUGGGGGCCGAGUGGAAGGUGAUGUCGGAGGCGGAGAAGCGGCCCUUCAUCGACGAGGCCAAGAGGCUGCGCGCCAUGCACAUGAAGGAGCACCCGGAUUACAAGUACAGACCCCGGAGGAAGACCAAGACGCUGCUGAAGAAGGACAAGUACUCCCUGGCCGGCGGACUGCUCUCUGGAGCCGGCGGCGCCGGCGGUUUAGGCAUGACGUCCUCCACGGUUGGACAGCGGCUGGAGAGCCCGGGGGCGCCCCACGGAGGCUCUGCCGGCUACGCGCACAUGAACGGCUGGGCGAACGGAGCCUACCCGGGCCAGGUGGCUGCAGCCGCGGCCGCCGCUGCCAUGAUGCAAGAGGCGCACCUCGCCUUCGGCCAGCACCCGGGCGGAAGCGCGCACCACGCACUCAACCACCACCACCACCACCACCACCCGCACCACCACGCGCACCACCACCACGCGCACCCGCACCACCACCACCACCACACCCCGCAGCCGGUGCACCGCUACGACAUGAGCGCGCUCCAGUACAGCCCCAUCUCGAACUCGCAGAGCUACAUGAGCGCGUCCCCGUCCGGUUACGGCGCCCUCGGUUACACGCAGCACCAAGCCUCCGCUGUCUCCUCUUCAUCCUCCUCCUCGUCCUCCUCUUCCUCCGCCGCCGCCGCCUCCUCCAUGGGGACGCUGGGCUCGCUGGUGAAGUCCGAACCGAGCGUCAGCCCCCCGGUGACCGCAGCCCACCAGCGGGGGCCCUGUCCCGGGGACUUGAGGGAAAUGAUAAGCAUGUACUUGCCCACCGGCGAGCCGGGGGACCCCGCCAUGCAGAGCCGGAUCCACGCCUUACCGGCACACUACCAGAGCGCCGCGGCCGGAGUGAACGGGACGGUCCCGCUGACGCACAUCUGAGGACCCCACAGCCCCUCCCAGCCCCCUGAUUUCUCUUCAAUCAUUGGAAAUUGCAAACGAACACAUAACCAAAUAUUUACCUCUUUUCUAGCCCCGCUCCUGUCAACUACCUGCUUUUUUGUACAGAAUGUUUACCACACUGUAAAUGAAGGCUAAAUGCAACUUGCUUUAUUGUUAUUUUUGAACGGAUAUAGGGGGCUCAGAUUUGUAUUUUUUAUUUUUGGUUAUUGUGUUAUAAUCAUCUUUUUCAGUCUAAGCUAACGCCUGGUGCAUCUUAGACUUCCUAUUAACCCCUACCCUCUUUUGUUUCUUGUAAGUUAUUUAAAAAAAAAAAAUGUCUCCAAUAUUAACAGAAAGUGCUUUACUAAAAAAAAAAAAAAUUGGGAAGAUUUUUUAAAUUUUUUAUUUUAAAGCGUUUUGUGUUUCCACUCCCGCCCUCCGUUUUAUUGUAACAGUCCCUUAUUGUACAAUUGUGAAUACUUUUAAUAUUUGAAAGGAAGAAUGACUUGGCAACGUAAUGUUUUAAAUGUAAUUUAUGUGCUUUUCUCUGCAAAGGGGAAAAGCUCUUAAACUGAAAUGACUGACACGCACACACACGCACACAAAA